GUAGGUGUUUUUCAUAUUUAUUUAGGAGUAUUUUAUUCAUAUUUCACUCGCACAAUUAAAAAAAGUACUUUUUAGUUUAUAUUUCAAGAAGCAACUAUAAACUUUGGACAGAGAAAUUUUAGUAACUCAGCUGAAUUGUCACCUCUUUGGUCUGCACUUUGUAAUCCCUCCACCCAAUUCUGUUUUAGCAAACUUUGAAUAUCGAACCAAAAAGUGAUUUGGGCCUCUAUAUUUUGUUGGGCUUCCAUCGGCCCAACCCGAAACUUCUGCUUCGUUAGGUUAAACCUCAUACUGUGUAGCACUGGAAAUCGGUAGGCAUAGUAGUUUAGUUAAGGAAGAUGAGGAAGCUUAAAUUUCAUGAGAAGAAGCUGGUGAAGAAGGCCAACUUUCUAGAAUGGAAGAGAGAAGGCGGUCACAGAGAACCUGCUGUCAUGCGUCGUUACCUCCUUACUGGCAGAGACGACUACAAAAAGUACAACGGUUUGUGCAGAACGGUGCAGAAGCUAGUGAAUAUACUGAAGCAGAUGGACCCAAGAGAUCCAUAUAGAAUAGAGAUGACUGAUGCUCUUAUAGAGAAGCUGUAUAGCAUGGGCGUAACAACUAAAAGGGGAAGCUUAGCUGUGUGUGAGAAUUUGUCUGUGUCAUCCUUUUGCAGGCGUAGGUUGUCCACUAUCUUGGUGAGGCUGAAGUUUGCUGAACGCAUGAAGGAAGCUGUGACAUACAUAGAGCAAGGUCAUAUUCGAGUUGGACCGGAAACAGUUACUGACCCAGCAUUUCUUGUGACAAGAAAUAUGGAGGACUUCAUCACGUGGGUAGAUACAUCUAAGAUUAGGAGAAAGGUCUUGCAGUACAAUGAUAAGUUAGAUGAUUAUGAUGCAAUGAAUUGAUGACUGGUGAACGAUUUGUGAAGAAUUUGAAAAUAGACUUUGAGACAUGGAACACAUUCUUCUUGGCCGGUGGUGAGUAUUCCGCAGGUUUACCUCCUGCUCGGUUGCCUUGUACUCCACCCUCUACAUGUUUGCUCCUAUAGACUGUUGAAGAUGUUUGUUAAAGACUCAUGAUAUUCAACAGUAAAGGGUAACAGAUUAUCGUUGCAAUUUCAAGUGAAUGUUAGUAAACUUAAUUCAGUUUAUCCAUUUUUAGUGGCAUUACUUUCUUUGGUUCAUGUA